CGCUUCUUUCUCUUUGGUUUCACCAAAAAUCUCGCUCGCAUUCUUGCGAGCUCUCCUUUUUGUCUCUCCGUCUCUCUUCUUCAAUCCCAAUUGAGCCGAAAUCUAGGGUUAGGGUUUGGGAUUAUUCGCCAUUCCUGAUUUAUCUUCAUCACAGCAACCAUUUCAUCGAAAUCGAUUUGCUGUAUAGAUAAAGGUAGAAGAGGGUUUGAAUAUGGAUCUGGUGGCCUCGAACACGCAUGGCAACCUCGACGAGCAGAUUGCGCAGCUCAUGCAGUGCAAACCUUUGUCGGAGCCCGAGGUCAGGGCACUAUGUGAGAAGGCUAAAGAGAUACUAAUGGAUGAAAGCAAUGUUCAGCCUGUAAAGAGCCCUGUGACCAUUUGUGGUGACAUUCACGGGCAGUUUCAUGAUCUUGCAGAACUUUUUCGCAUUGGAGGGAAGUGCCCAGAUACAAAUUACUUGUUCAUGGGGGAUUAUGUUGACCGUGGGUAUUAUUCAGUUGAAACUGUCACGCUUUUGGUGGCUCUGAAAGUGCGAUAUUCUCAACGAAUCACUAUUCUUAGAGGAAACCAUGAAAGUCGACAGAUUACUCAAGUUUAUGGGUUUUAUGAUGAAUGCUUACGGAAGUAUGGCAAUGCAAAUGUUUGGAAGAUAUUCACAGAUCUUUUUGAUUAUUUUCCACUCACUGCUCUGGUUGAAUCAGAAAUAUUUUGUCUGCAUGGUGGGCUUUCCCCAUCUAUUGAGACCCUUGAUAAUAUACGAAAUUUUGAUCGUGUUCAAGAAGUUCCACAUGAAGGUCCUAUGUGUGAUCUGUUAUGGUCCGACCCUGAUGACCGUUGUGGUUGGGGAAUGUCUCCACGUGGUGCUGGAUACACUUUUGGCCAAGACAUUUCUGAGCAAUUCAACCAUGCGAACCACCUGAAGCUGAUUGCUAGAGCUCAUCAGCUGGUUAUGGAGGGAUUUAAUUGGGCACAUGAUCAAAAGGUUGUCACCAUCUUUAGUGCACCCAAUUAUUGUUAUCGAUGUGGAAACAUGGCAUCUAUUUUGGAAGUUGACGACUGCAAAGGGCACACAUUUAUCCAGUUCGAGCCAGCUCCAAGGAGAGGAGAGCCUGAUGUGACCCGAAGAACGCCCGAUUAUUUCUUAUAAGAAAGAUGCUUGGAUUGCUGAUUUUGGCAGUAGGCAUCUGCAUGGUCGGAGGUAAAUGGUGUAGCAGGUCCUGAGCAUUUAUUAAUUGGAGGUUACUAAACAGAAGGCUGCUGUGUUAGAAAUGAUGGGGGAGGUCCCUAAAAUGGGCAGGCUAGGGCCCCUUGGCUUUAAAUUAUGUUACUAACCUAUGCUAGAUGUCUUAGGACUCAGGGCAAUUGGGUUUGUGUGCUUACGCUGCAAUGUAGUAUUUUAUGCAGAAAUUCUGGUACUUCGUCUUUUAUUUUUCGUAUAUCACUUGGGUUCAAUUUUCUUCAUUUUUCCUUCUUUUUAAUUUUUGUGGGAUUUGAGGAUAUGUGGUUGGGGGAUUGGUGUUUUGUAGAGGUAAGGUACAGAUUUAAUUCCAAGUUUGUUCAUGUGCUAUGGACUGAUAUGAUUAAAAUGGCUUCUACUAUUUGUUUUAUUCAGGGAUGAGUAUCUAGCGGCGAUUGUUAAUUGCCUUGAACUGAGAUAUUGUAGCGGACAUCAACCUUCUGAGAUAAUUUAUUUUCUGAUUUGGUUCAGUUUGAAUGUGAA